GCAGGUCAGCGGCUGGCGCCGGGCAGGGCUGGAGCCUGGAAAUCGAAGUUUCGGCUUUUUAUAAACCAGAGUUUGUUACCCCGUGAAAAGGCUGCGAGGGGGAAGGGGGAAGGCAGCGCCCCGGCGGCUCCCGCCUCUUGGUAAACUUCUGGCGCUCCUGAAUGGGAAACUUGGGGACUUGUCCGUGCUUCUUCCUCAGGGGAGGAGGUCGCCGUGUGGCAGGGAGCGAGGAGCGGGGCCGGCCCGCACAGGCAGCAGUGGCUCCGCAGCGCCUCGGCCGGGGGAGCAGCGCCGUCGUACAGCAGCGCUGCCGGGAAUAAAUACUGUUACAGAUGCUGGCCGGCUUGGUAGUAUGAAGGACGGAUUGCCUCUUUCUCCAAAGUUAACUCCAAGCUGACUUCUCACUGCGAACGGACAGUUUAUCAAAGAUGAGGCUAGGUGGAGCAGCUUCUUGCUAUCUCAACUAUGGAAGGCCAGUUUUGUGAUAACUUUGAGAUUUCUGUGGAAAAGCCUCCGGGAGCAAGUCCUCCAUCCUUCAUUGCUUUGCUGAAGGUAUACCGAGAACUUCUGGUCAGUAGAAUCCGAAACACACAGUGUUUGAUUGACAACUUGAUUAAGAAUGACUACUUCUCCACUGAAGAUGCAGACAUUGUUGUCCAGUUUCCAACUCAAGCAGAUAAGGUUCGCAAAAUUCUAGACUUGGUUCAAAGCAAGGGAGAAGAAGUUUCAGAAUAUUUCAUCUGUGUCCUGCAGAAAGUCGCUGAUGCUUACUAUGAACUUCAACCUUGGCUGGAUGAAAUAGGUUACGAGCCUUCAGAGAAUAUUUGUAGUAAGCCUGUGGUAAAUACAGAUCCAGUUAGCAGGUACUGCCAGAAACUCAGAUAUGAACUGGGACGGGACUCCAAGUUUGUUAUGUCAUACGCUCAGAGGGAAGAGAUGCUGCUUGAAGAAAUCUACUCUAACAGUACUAUGCAGCUGCUCAGUUUUACCAAUGAUAGUCUAGGAGAAGUGUGUCAGUUAGAAGCCCUUUUUGAUGACACAGCUGGGUUAAUUAAUGAAGAUGGAGAGACUAUUUAUGUCUUUGGUGAUGCAGGAAUUGGAAAAUCCAUCUUGUUGCAAAAGAUACAAAGCCUUUGGGCUAGAAGAGAAUUGGACAUAGGGGCCAAAUUUUUCUUCCGUUUCCGAUGUAGGAUGUUCAGUUGCUUUAAGGAAGAUGAAGCCAUAUGUUUGAAAGACCUGCUCUUCAAAUAUAAUUGCUACCCAGACCAGGACCCCACAGAGGUGUUCCAUUAUAUCUUGCAAUUCCCUCAUACGGUUCUUUUCACAUUUGAUGGCUUCGAUGAGAUCUAUUCCAACUUUGAUCUCAGUAGUGUGCCUGAGAUGUGUUCACCCAAUGAACCCAUCCACCCCCUGGUGCUGCUGGUAAGCCUUCUCAAAGGAAAGCUUCUUAAGGGAUCCAAGAAAAUUCUUACAGCGAGGACAGGAACCGAGAUCCAGAGAAACAUCAUUAGAAAGAAAGUGUUGCUCCGUGGUUUCUCCAGCAAUAACCUGAAAGAAUACACUGCUACGUUUUUCAAAGAUGAGGGGCAACGAACACUGGUAUUGAACCAGUUGGAAGCCAACCCCAAUCUCUGCAGUUUGUGUUCAGUGCCUUUGUUUUGCUGGAUUAUCUUUAAAUGCUAUGAACACUUCCAUUCCAUGUUUGACAGCCACGAGCUUCCAGACUGUUCUGUUACAUUGACAGAUGUAUUUUUGCUCAUGAUUGAAGUCCAUCUGAACCGAUCUCUGAAAACAACUUUGCUGAAGAACACCACCAGGAGCCAAGCAGAGAUGUUCAAAUCAAGGAAGGAAACUCUUCUAGCUUUGGGUAAAAUGGCAUAUAAAGGAAUGGAGAACUCUUUCUUUAUCUUUGAGCAGGAGGAGGUCUCAUCAGUAAACAUCUCUGAAGGAGAUUUGCAAUUGGGCUUUCUCAGGAUAGUUAAAGGUUACAGUGGCUGUGACAAUCAGACCACUUAUGAGUUCUUGCACUUAACCCUUCAGUCUUUUUUCACAGCUUUGUUCCUGGUUAUUGAAGAGAAAGUGAGUGCCAAGGCGUUACUUCAGUUUUUCAAUGAAUGUUCUUUCACUGAGACUGCCCAGUCUACUUGCUUUCGUAUUCCUUGGUUGAAGAAACAACUAGCAGGGGAGGAUCCUUUCCGAAAUAAUGAACACUUCCAUUUUACCAACCUGUUUCUUUGUGGCCUGCUUUCUAGAUCCAAGCAGAAGCUCUUCAGACAUUUAGUUUCACCUGCAGUCAUUAAGAGGAAGAGAAAGACACUCAUCACAUACCUUGGGGAGAGCAUGAAAUCCCACCUGAAAGGCAUCACUCGGUCCAGGCUUCCAAACUACAAUCAGAUCCAGGUCCAGCCCAACUUUGUUUGGAUGCUGAGGUGCCUUUAUGAGACUCAGAGCGAGAAGGUGGGGAAGUUGGCUGCCAAACGCAUGCGUGCUAAUUACAUCAAGCUCACGUACUGCAACGCCUGCUCUGCUGACUGCAGUGCUAUUUCCUUUGUUGUGCAUCACUUUCAAAAGCGCCUCGCUCUGGAUUUGGACAAUAACAACAUCAACGACUAUGGAGUAAAACAGCUGCUACCUUGUUUCAGCAAGCUUGCAGUGAUCAGGCUCAGUGUAAAUCAGGUCACAGAUCACGGUGUAAGGAUCUUGUAUGAAGAACUCUCAAAGUACCAAAUUGUGACUUUCUUGGGCUUAUACAACAAUCAGAUCACUGACGUUGGAGCCAAAUACGUUGCAAAACUAAUUGAAGAGUGUUCAAGCCUUGAAUACGUUAAAAUAGGAGCAAACAAAAUAACUAGUGAAGGAGGGAAGUGCCUUGCCCAGGCCAUCCAGAAGAGCAAGACAAUGUUUGAAAUUGGGAUGUGGGGUAAUCAAGUUGGAGAUGAAGGAGCAAAGGCAUUUGCAGAGGCACUAAGGAACCACCCCAGGUUAACGAACGUGAGUCUCGCAUUCAAUGGUAUCACAACAGAGGGAGGCAAAAGUAUUGCUGAAGCUAUGCAACACAACGACUCUGUGAAAAUAUUCUGGUUGACUAAAAACGAGCUGGAUGAUGAGGCAGCAAUGAGUUUUGCAGAGAUGCUGAAGGUCAACAAGAAACUGGUGCAUUUAUGGCUUAUCCAGAAUCAAAUUACAGCCAAAGGGGUGAAGUACAUCAGCGAAGCUCUCAAGGAGAACACAGCUAUUAAAGAAGUCUGUUUGAACGGGAACCUGAUAAGCCAAGAAGAGGCCAAAGCUUUUGAAAAUGAAGAACGGAUCAUUUGCUUUUGAAUGAGGACUUUCCCAUUUUGACAAGCUUUGUGUUACAAAGGUUACUCCUACACUUGUACUGCAGAGCUUAUAAAGGCGUGAAUCUGCAGUGCUCAUGGCAGGAGAGAGAUGCAUGAUUAGCUGCCUUUUUAUGAACCUGCUGCACUCCCUCAGCUCCAUCUCUUACCCUGCCUGUUACUCUUAAUCCUUUUGGUGAGUGGGAAGUCACCUGGGUAAAUAAUUAAUGUUGUAUGGUGCUUUGAAGAUGAAAUGCAAAGGGUUAACAGACCAAAUCCACUGGCAGGUGUUGUGCAUUGUGGUAACUGUGUUUAGAUUUAUUCUGUAUACUGAUGUAAAUAAUCUCUAACUUAUUUAUAUACAUAAAUAUACACACACACAUAUAUACACGCAAGAAAGGGUGCAAGAUGCACAAAUUCCACAAGCUCACAGUACCUGAAAAUGAACAUGGAAACAUAAUCUGUCCAUAAUAGUUGCAUGGUACCAGUGUUUUCAACAUGAAUACCUUUCUUCUGUCUAGAAAUCAGGCCCUUAGUUCUCCACUGGCUACAGACAGCAUUGUAGACACUGCCUUUUUUUUUUUGAGAAAUGGAUACAUCAGGCUCAGAUUACUUUCAAUAAUCUUUUUUUUCAUAUUGAAGCCAACACAUUUUCUUUUAUACAAGCAGAAGGCCUUACUGCCAUCAUUGUAAAAGCAUAAAACUGGCAGUAAAACACUUUUGCUUCAAAUUUCCUGAGGGCUGCAUAGAAGCUGCCACCUCCUGUUUCCACAGUGUUUGUUCUGGGGAGGGGGUCUGGAGAUAAAUGUGAAAAAUUAAUUAGCAGGCUGCUCAUUGCCUUGGCUCUUGGCCUAGACACUGUGCUGGUGGCAAUACACCAAUAUUAAGUUGCCUAGCUUCAGUGGGGAGAAAGGAUGAUUGAAAAUCAAUUGCGUCAAGUAGAAAUCCCUUCUCCCGGCAACAUGUAACCACAGAGAAGGAUUGAGAUUUGCUUGGAAAGCUUUUUAUUCUAUGCUUGAAUUAGUGGAAAGUGCUAUGCAAGGGGCAGGUAGCAAUUACAAGGACCAGCAAGAAAUCAUUAUCCCCCCAAAAUACUUAGUGUUUAGGGAGUAUAACUUUCGAUGCCCAUAAAAGAAACUAGUUUGCAAAGAGUGGGGUAUUUUGAUUUUGUGUGUGUGUGUGUGUGUGUGUGUGUGUGUGUGCGCAAAUUAGGCAUGCUUUGUAAAGGUAAACUCAAAAUCUAAACACCCCACGGUGUGCACAAGGAACCUAAAAUGGAAAAGCAUGAUCCAUUUUCCCUCCUUCUCCCAUGUUACCACCCCUCCAAAACUUUGAGAAAUGAGUUGCUGACUAACCCACAAAACCUCAGUAGGCUGGAAGAAGAAUCUCCAGUUAAAAUCCCAAACCACUGAACUCUCACCUUCCCAGAUCUGCCUCAUAAAGCAAAACAUCAAAAAAAGGCUGGCUUUUAGGUCAGAGUUUCUCUGUUUCCCAUGUGGUAUCAGACCAGUGCCCAAGUCUACUCACUCCAGCUCACUAACACAUUUUAAAAUACUCCCAAAGCUUUCCACAAAACCAUCAGUUAAAAAA